AAAUAUAUACCCUUUCCCAUAAAUUAAUUGGUAUGUUUCACCACUGUUCAUGCAGUUACAAAAGUACUAAGAAAUCAAGAAAGAUUUCUACUUCAAUUUUUUUGCCUUAACAAAUUUCCCAAUAUUUUUCUCGUAAAAAAGCCCUGGAAUUUAUUCUGCGUUUGCUAUGGCUAUUCAAAUUUUGGCUAGACAAUAAUAUUGCAACAACACUGCCAUUUUUCUUGUAACUCUGUCCUCUAGCUAGUUUCAUACCUAGGUGUCCUAUACCGAACCUGAUCCAUAACAUAAGACAUGUUUACAAGUUGGAAUCCAUUAUGAAAUGACCUCGUUAUGGGAAGAUGCCCGGCCAGGUGUGCAACAACUACAACAAAAUCUUUAAAGGCUUAAAUAUAGAGUGAAUUGUUUGUGUUUGGAAGGUGAAUUCUGUUAUUCUACUGUUAAGUUUUGAAGGUCAAGAAAAUGACGGACCUUGAGCUCAUACAAUCAUUUGGUCAAAGUUAUCCUGAGGAAUUUGAUGGUACCCUUGACUCAAUAAGUGCUGCUUUAACUUGUGCUUUCAACAGAACUGGCUCUCUCUUGGCUGUUGGCUGCAAUGAUGGGCGCCUGGUUGUCUGGGACUUUUUAACUAGAGGAAUUGCAAAAGUUUAUAAUGCACAUGUGCAUCCUGUAUGCUCAGUGAGUUGGAGUCGUAAUGGAAAAAAAUUACUGAGUGCUUCUACAGACUGGAAUGUAGCUGUUUGGGAUGUCCUCUCUGGUGAUUGUGAACAUAGAUACAGAUUUCCAUCAGCAAUCCACAAAGUUCAAUUCCAUCCCCGCAAUAAUAAAAAAUUCCUUGUUUGUCCAAUGAAACAUCAGCCUGUAUUAGUUGAAAUUGAUGGAGAAAAUCAUGUACUUCCAGUUGGAGGAGAGUGUGAACAAAACAUAGUUGCUGCGUUUGACAGAAAAGGAGAGUAUAUAUUUACAGGAAAUGCGAAGGGAAAGAUAUCAGUUGUAGAUACUGCUACUCUUGAGGUAAUAGCCUCAUUUCGAUGCAGUGCAAGUGCAACAAGUGCAAAUACUGCCAUUAAAUCUAUCGAAUUUUCAAGGCGAGGAAGCUCGUUUUUAGUGAAUUCGCAAGACCGUGUGAUACGUGUUUUCGAUCGAGAGAUGGUUUUGAAAUGUAACGAGACAACAGAACCAGAGCCAAUUCAAAAAUUACAAGAUUUGGUGAACAGAACUCUUUGGAAGAAAUGCUGUUUUUCUGGUGAUGGUGAUUAUAUAGUUGCAGGCUCAUCUAGACAGCAUUCUUUGUACAUAUGGGAAAGAAGCGCUGGCACGCUGGUCAAAAUAUUAAACGGGACGAAAGGAGAGCUGCUUUUGGAUGUCGUGUGGCACCCUAUACGCCCAAUAAUCUGCUCAGUGGCAAGUGGACUUGUAUCCAUUUGGUCUCAAACGCAUGUGGAAAAUUGGUCAGCUUUUGCUCCAGAUUUCAAAGAGCUUGAUGAAAACGUUGAAUACGAAGAAAGAGAAAGUGAAUUCGAUAUUGAAGAUGAAGACAAAAUCGAGAACAUUACAGAAAGGCAGCUCAUUGACGAUGUUGAUGUUGAUGUUGUUACCGUUGAAAAGCCGUUUUACUGCAGCAGCGAUGAAGAUGAAGAAGCGGAUAACUUGUACUUUCUGCCAGUGGCACCAGAAAUUGACGAUCCAGAGGGGGAGAUUCCAGCGUUCGAAGCUGAACAGCAAAAUUUACAAAAACCAAUAUCACCGAAGCAGGAAGAAGUAUCCAAGGAAUUAAAGAGGGAAAACAGCAUGUAUGAAGAAAACGGAUAUGAAAGCCAAGCAAGUAAACGACCUAAGGUUGUUGACGUCUGUAUAAAUGGUGAUUCUUUCGAACAAAACUCGGACAAAUCUAACCACGAACGAAACAAUAAACAAAAACGUGACAGUCAAAAACAGAAGAAGCCUGGGUCAAAGAAAUCAUCAUCGAAUCGAUCGAAAAGAUUUGACAACGACGACGAUAACUCUCAGGAAGUCCCCGAAGCCAUUCUGCGGUCAGAUAGCCAAUCAAAAGAAGAAGAUAUGAAGACCGAGGACAGAUAUGAAGCCAACAAAGGACAGGUUGUUCCAAACGAGGCAUCUAACAGCUGAUUUCGGAGUACGAUGUGAUGGCUACAGUCAGGUUGAUAUAAUUGCAUAACUGCUUAGGUAAUGGUAGCAGUGGAUGCAAGUAGUCGCAGAUUGUUUGUAAAAUAUUUUUAUCGAUUAUGAGCUAAUGUAUAAUAUGUAGUGAUGCAAUAGAUUAUUUGUGAGAGCAUCAGGAAAUUUUUCCUUAAUUUCUCGCAAUUAUAGUAUUUGAGUCUUGCGAAAACUUUUUUCUUAUAUUUUCUUGGUAUUCAAAACAAAAUAUGAUAUAUCUUCGGGUUGUAUCAUAUUUUUGCAAAACUUGUUCUGCAAAGUUUUUUCCAGUGAACAAAAAGAUGAAGGUUUGAGGUUGUGCAACUCAACUUUUCGACCAGAUCUGAGAAAAACCGUCUAUACUCAUUCGAUUGGUGUAGUUUAGAAAAUCGAAAUAAUCGUGUUUGUGAAUGGGGACGACUUCAGACACUGAUGCCUUUAAAAUUCGUGCGCGCUUAGAUGUAGCUAAAAGAUUAGGCGGUAAGUGCUUGCAAAUCUUUGUAGAGUAGUUCUCUGACGUCUUCUGUGCUACUAUUUCUCCUUCAAAAUAACGAUGGCUAAACUUUUUUCUAUUAACCAAAGUGCUUUUUAAGUUAACCACGUUUCCUGAGGAUACUAAGUUUCUUUAAGAAUACUGCAUUACUUUAUGAAUAUUGCAUUACUCUAAGGAUCUUCCUUGAAGUAACCUGUUUUGAAAACAAUGCCUUUCCUUUUUUAGUUUUUGCAGAAAAUGUAUUCUUGUUUACAGGGUGGAGCCUUGCUUAGGUAGCUAAUCUAAAUUUUCUAGUCCUGCGACUUGUUUUGUUGCUACUAAUCUUUCAUUGCAUUCGUAAUGAAUUAUAGCUCUGUUCUUUAAUCUUGCAUAUUAUUUGCUUGAAGUUUCAUCCUGCGUGUUUGCCCAGGAGAGCUUUACAAAUGCUUAUGCUACCAAUUUUUUCUAUAUAUUGAAUGCCUUUGUUGAUAUGGAACAAACAAAAUUUCAAAAUUCUGUUUACCUUGUUCGUUAUUGACUCUUGAAGUUAACUAUUUCAACCUUUUUUGUGAGAAAACUGAUUGAUAAAAAUUUCCUACAAAAUCAUAAUGAAGUUGGCGUUGAGCAGUGUGUUUCUUUCCUAUACGCUCAAGGCAAAACUCUAUUAUAAUGAAAUUAGCUUGUAAUUAAAGUAGUUUGUACUAAACAGAUUCGAGAUCAAAUCAAAGUGUUCUAAACAAAAUGUACUAAAUGUACUUAGUAGUUUGUACUAAACACAUCAAAAUGACACGCUGUGUUACAAUGGUAGAAGCACAGUUUCUAGGAGCUAGCAAAAUUGGGAUUUGGCUGUUGUUUUAUUAGGUUUACCAUAAUUUCAACCAAAUUUGAAGUGUUUACAAAAGUAAACUAUGUAAAGAACGUUUGACCAGGUUGUUAAGAAAGUUUUCUGUACUGUGAAUAAGGUUUACAGAUGGAAAAGGAAGUGAAAAUUUAUUCUUCUGAAUCUUUCCAUGGUUCUUCUGAAUCUGUUCCAAAUUUCGGAUUAGAUAACAGAUAAAUAUAAGGGGAUGAAGGAGGGCUAAUUGGGAAGAUCACAGUAAAUUGAGAACAUAACAUUCAAUUUCCUCUCGAUUUUUGCUUCUUUAGGUGCAGCUUCCUUUUACCAAACAAAUCAAUGCCUUCUUGCAACUGCUCUUGUGCGAAAGUCAUUUUCUAAGACAGGGUGAUCAAAUAGUUCCUGCAUCAUCUAACAACAUCCAUCAUUUUAUAUCAAAGUCAAACAUCGCCCAGCAUUGUCCAGCAUCAUCCAAUAUCAACAGAGUCCAAUAUGGGUGGCCAAAAGGCAACAGUUUAUGUCCAACGUUGUUGGACAUUGUUGGUCGAAAUAUUGCACUGGUUUGACGGCAAAGGUUUUUUUAUGAAAGCUAAUUGCGUAUGAAUAUUGCAUUAGUACUUUUUUGGUCGGUCUGCUUACUCUAAGGAUGGCAUCAAAUUCAAACGCUUUGAAAUAUGAAAGACCCCGCCUUACACAACCUACAAUUGUUUGAUAACAUAAAAGAACAUUUCAAUCAGUCAAUUUGCAAAAGGCACUUUCUUAAUUAAUACUUAACUUCAGAACAUUAUUUUUAAUAGAAGGUCUUCAUUUUCUUUCUCAGCUAGAGAAACUAAAGAAAAUAUUUGUCAACUUUGUAUUAUUAGGUUCAAUGAAAGAUUUUGAUUGCUUUUGGUGCAUUUCACAGCCGAAAAUCGAGCGUCAUGCCUAUGACUGAUUCUAUCGUCAAUGCCGUUGAUGUUCAGGGUGAAUUGAGUGCCAUAUCAACACGGCCCGUAGUAAAUUGUGACAACUCGCCAAUAACCCAGGCCAGGAAUACCAUGGUUUAUCUUUCUCUGAAAAAGUGAUCAAAUCUCAGCCCCUCUUCUAAAUUGUGUCUAUCUGGACAUUUCAUUGCAUAUUUGAUUAUUUGGAUUUCAAAAUCACUAACUAGAAACUAUUUUUGCGCUAAUUUUUAUUCAGAAACCUGCCAUCGCAUGAGGUCUACGAAAAUAUACCUCCCUGUCUCGUGGUAUCCUCAUAUUAACAAUUUCUUGAUUCUUUGCAUCAUUUCAUACUACAGGUUAUGCUUACAAUUAUACACCUCACCUUUUUAUAUUACAAGUUAUGCUUACAAUUAUGCACCUUACCUUUUCAUAUUACAAGUUAUGCUUACAAUUAUACACCUCACCUUUUUAUAUUACAAGUUAUGCUUACAAUUAUACACCUCACCUUUUUAUAUUACAAGUUAUGCUUACAAUUAUGCACCUCACCUUUUUAUAUUACCAGUUAUGCUUACAAUUAUACACCUCACCUUUUCAUAUUACCAGUUAUGCUUACAAUUAUGCACCUCAUUGUUAUUAAGUAGCGUUCAACAGGCUAAGCUGUUAAUUUACUACCUUAAACAGUAAUUUUAAAUCAAAUUUCAUGAAGCCUGGAUUGGUGGAUGGCUUGUUCCUUAGAUACAACGUUCAAAAAUGUCCUGAACGACGUUGCAAAAUGUCCUAGCAAACGAGUAGCUCGUUUCCUGACCAACAGUACGUUCAUUCCUUCCAAGUUGCUUCUACACAUGCUUCUACAUGUGUAGUAGGUUGCCAAUCAUUUCGGACCACAUUUUUCUUUCCCUUCCAGUUCCUAGUGAUUUGGGUCCAAGGAGGUAACCUUCAAUAAUGUUAGGUAGAAGUCUUGGUAAAAUUUGUUUUUGUAAGCGUGCCGUAAUUUUAAGCCUGGUUUUAUUCUUUCUCCUUUCGUUUCCUCUUUGGGCGCUUUAAUCACCACGACAAAAUCUCUGCCAUUUCAAUUUCAGGUGAGGCGAGUUUCAGCAGAUGUCAUUGAUACAAGCUGAUGUUACAGAUAGCCGAAGACGUAUUGACCAAUCAGGAGGAGGCAGGUUACCAACGGUUUGUAUCCAAUUAGUAGAUUUUAAACUAUUCCUGACUGUUUUAUGUUUGAAGAAGCCCAAUUAUCAAAGCAUCAUUUAUGCCAAUAAACAAACAAAAUUGUUUGGAAAAUGCAUCAGUUUUCCUCCACUAAUUCCUCCCUCUAAACACACAAGUCCAUAAUUUAGUAGUCUUUUGUUUCACAUUUGGAUUAAAAACGCAUGAUAUUAUAGGAUUAACCAAUGCGUUUAACAGCAUACAGAACCACACCCAGCAUAUACUGUAGUCCAUAUAUUGGUUUUUAACUUCAAAGAGGUUCCAGAGGCUUCUUACGACAUAUGGUGAAUAACAUAGAAAGAAAGAAAUGAAUAUUAACCCGCCAAUGAAGAGAAGAUUCCUGUACUUUUCUGUCAUCCUCCCUUGACCAAAUCGUAUUCCUUCUGCUUCAGUUUGUCGGCGGAUGCGCCGUGCACGUAGAAGGAUUUUAGAAUAGCAAAAUGAUAUGACAACUGAGCCAAAAAUGCAAGUCACAAAACCUGUUCCAAAUGCCACAUACACAUUGUCAGCGACAAAGUUUGUAGUUACAAUAGCUAUAGAAGCAAACCACAUACAAAUCACUAACUUAGCCAGCAGACGAGACGUGAUCUUGGAAUUGUAAAAAAACGGACUAAAUACUUUGAUGUGUCUCUCUAUUGCUAUUGCGGUUAUAAGAAAGAAUGAUACUUGCCCGAGAGCAAUAGAAGCAGUUACGGUUAAUUUGGCGAAAUCGCAAGGAUCUUUCAAAUUCGCAACAUAGAGAGACUCGACGAAUAGACUUGGCAUUGAAAACAGCCCUGCAAGGAGAUCGGUUAAUGCUAAAUUUGCGAUCAAAAUCUCGUAUGGCUCCAUCUCUCCGUGUAGCUUGACAACUGCCAUAAUAACAGAAAGGUUCAUCAAAAUGGUAGGAAUUACCAGUGAAAUAUUUGAAGCAGCACAAGCAUAACUGCUUGCCACGUACGAUGACGCGUUUCUUACUGGCAUGUUGUUAAGUUUACAAGAUACCAUUAUUCUCCUCGUGAACCUUUGCUCGCAUAGAGGAACUUCUAUACCACAUGCAAAUCUGUAUUACGACGAACAUAUUUCAUUAUUCUCGGGUCGAUGUUUGUAAUCAGUUUAAACAUUUUAGCAUAUGAAAGACCCAUGUUUACACUAUCUUCUGAAAACUAAUUACAGUACAUAACAAUUGCCUUAUAAACGUAGAUUUUCAUAUAAAAUGCAAGCAUUUAGUAAUUUACGAUAUCCCCAAUAACUUUUUAAUGAAAAGCUUCAUUUUCUUCCCUGUUUUGAAAACAAAUUACCUAGAAGAACUCUCUAAUAGCAAAUAUGCUUUCUCUGUAGGAAACUAUUUGCUUUUGGAGUGAUCUUUAGGUUGCAGUUUCAUUUGAAAUCGACAUCCGUUGUUUAAGUCUGGCCAUCAACAGGACUUGUUUUGAUGGCAAACAUGCAAUUUGCAAUGAUAAGUGCAGAAAUAAAGUGCAUAAUUACAAGGUAGCGUGACAGUUGUCAGCGCGAGUUUCUACCGGAUGUACCCCGUUUAAUCCCUGCUUAACUUAUAUUUUAGGCCUCAUUUAGUCAAGCUAGAACAGAACUUCAUUUCGCUACUAUAUUUUGCAAAAUUUUCGCAGUCCUAGUCAAGUAAUAAAGCUGCCACUGACACCUAGUAAUUUGUCAUAGUAAUAGAAAAAAUUUGUUUUGAAAAGCAUUGCUUGCCCUUGAUGCUCAUAUCAAACAAACCAAAUCUGAAAUCGUUAGGGGAGAUAGUUUUAUGGCUUCAUUUUUCCAGGGUCUAAAGUUAGCCUAUUGAAUGAACAUAAUUUGAUGAUUUGAUUUCUACUUUAUAUUCUUAAGCAAGUGUAUUAUUCGAUCAUCCUGUUAGAUUUUGGCUGAUCCAGGACUAGUCUUUUGUAUGCAUCAUCAUGUUUCGUUACUCUAUUUCAAUACACUUUUAGAUCAUCUACUUGAUCUACAUAAAUCAAGUACCGGCUGAUACAGAUCCUCGUUACCUCUAGAUGUAAGGGCGAACUUCUCUAUUUUCUCUCUGAAGGAGAUAGCAACUUUGAUGAUUGAGAAACUCUGCUUAUUUUCCUGCAAGACUGCACCAUCUGUGACAUUUUGCUUCCAGGUUCACCAUCCAUGUAACGAUAUAUUGAUCUCUUAAGAAUUUUCCUCAAGUCGACUAUCUCAGGGAAAUUAUCUUGUAUAAGCCAGAAAAAACUCUAAGAAAUAUAACUUUUGAUCAGAUGUAUCAGAAUCUAAUAUCUAAACUUGCGUGUAAUACUUGCCUUAUUAAAAACUGUCAGGUAUUCUUUUAUUCUAUCAGACAUUCAUUUUGAUCAUGAAAUUGGGCAAAUAAAGUAGCAUCGGCGUCAAACGUUAGUUUUCUGUUUUUUUGCUUGUCCUUAGUGGCAUAAUAACGGUAGAGUUUCAACGGUAGUGUAAACCAACUUUUCUUUGCUCGUAUAGUUAGGAGCAAAGGAAAGCUGGUUUACGCCCAGUUGUUUUUUGCAAAUUUUGUGUUGAAUCUUGCUUGGCCAGCCAUAUGUUUUAGCAUCUGCCUGCCUUUGUACGUGAAUUUGCAAACGGUCUUUUAAUCUGAAACAUUUCUCAACAGGGACGUGCCAUAAUAUAACAUCGAUUUUGUACGUAAAACUCUCAGCAAUAAUUCAUACGAACGUCGUAAAAGUUCAGUAAAGGAUAACUUAUCCCAAACAUGAUUCGUUGACACAAUGAAGAUAUUCAAUAAAAUGUGGAUCUGUUGGCCAUUUCGAUUUUUCAUUGCAUUCUAUACAGCUUUUCAAGUAAAAUAUACAACUGGCAUAACCCCAAGCCACUCAGUGACAUUAAUUGACAGAGACUACUCAUAUAUAGAGUACGAGCAUUGGAACUCAACGAGCAUGGUACAGCUGUCGUUUCAAUUCAAAACAUACUGCUCUCCUUGUUUGCUUUUGUAUAUGGACAACAAGACAGGAAGGAAGGAAACUGAUAAUUAUCUGCUACUGGCUCUGCUUGAUGGACAGCUCAAUGUGUAUAUCCACCGAAAAAGCAGCUCGAACUACUUGAAAAAUACGUUUACCCUAGCCAAAGAUCUUACAGAUAUUAACUGGCACAAAGUGGAAAUCAAAAUAUCAGACUCGGGAUCAUUCAUUGGUGUUGAUAAGGAAAAAAGAACAUUGGUUGACGAUGCUCUACUGCUUUCGUCACCGAUGUAUUUUGGAGGAAUAGAGACGAUGCGAAUAUAUCUGGAGCCGUGGAUAGAAAGAGAAUCAACUACAUGC